UUUUUACUGUUUUUAGUCUCGCCCCAUAGUCGCUACAAUUAAAGCAUGUAAUGUUAUUACAGCUGACUUUCCCUACUGUUUAUACUGUAUCCAGACUACGAUAAAGAUAAUGAAAUUUUUGAUAAUCGUAAACCACACGUCAGGUAAUGUUCGAAUCACUCAAGACUCAACAGACAACGCUACAAAAAUCAACCACUUUUAACUCGGAAAAGUCAGUGCCCCGUGGUUGCUGGAUGUACAGAAUUUGCUUUUGCUAUAUGACUGGAUGAAUAGAUAAAACAUUUAUUUACGGCCGUAGCCUACGAUUAAUGAUAUUAUAUCGUUCUGUUGUCUUACAUAAUUGAAUUCAUUAAAUACUUAUUCAUUUYAGUUGUGUCUAGAAAAUAGUUAAUUAAUCCAGCUCUUCUUUUAUUUUUACAAUUAUAUCAAAAUGUAUACAAAUCAGUAUACUCCUCAGUAUUCACAAUAUAAUCAACAAUAUCAGCAAUAUCCAUCUAAUUACUAUCAAAUGUACAAUUAUAACCAACAACCUGCUUAUAACGUUCCACCACCGACGCAAACAGCUGCAACUUUUAUAAGUCCAAAUGUACCAGUCCAACAACCACAAGUAUCAACUCCCGGACAAAAUGUUACAAGUUUGUGGAUGGGAAGUCUGGAACCUUAUAUGUCAGAGAGCUUCAUCACUGGYGCAUUUCAAAAGAUGGGAGAAUAUCCAAAGAAUGUUAAGUUGAUGCGUAAUAAAAAUACGGGUGAAACUGCUGGUUAUGCAUUUGUUGACUUCUAUGAUCCUGUAUCUGUUAUGCAUAAACUUAAUGGAAAAUAUAUACCUGGUACUAAUCCAUUGAUAUAUUAUUUUAGUGCUUCAAAUGACUCUCAAGGGUAUAAGGCUAGUCAAGAUUAUGGACAGUAUUUUGAAACCAACUAUUGGCAUCGAUACUCUAUAUGGAAUCAACCAGAAAGUCAGAAUUGUAUGCUUAAGCCAGAACCAGCUAUUGAAAAUACUGUUCUUAAAACAAAUGGCAAUUUAAAUCUAGUUGAUUACAAAAAAUCAAUUGACGUAGAUGCAUUAAACAAAGACCUCGUCACACAAGAUUACAAUUUAUGGGAUGCRCUUGAAAGUUCUAAAUGGCUACCACUCGACUCAAUAGAAAUUAUUUAAAUAUUAAAGAACAUUUAACCUAGUUUUUUUCAAAUCUCAUAUUCCUUGUCUAUACUUUAUAA